CCCACCCUUAAGCCAAAUAACUAUACUUACCCCUCUCUCUUUAAGGCUUGUGGGUCCUAUCAAUGGCUAAAACACGGUCGAGCACUACACACCCAUGUACUGAAAUUUCUUGACACCCCAUAUGAUAACUUUGUUCAAGCUUCAUUGCUUAAUUUUUAUUCUAGAUGUGGCAAAGUAGGUAUUUCCAGGUACUUUUUUGAUCAGAUUAUUGAACCAGAUUUGGCCUCAUGGAACUCUAUACUAUCAUCUUACAUGCGUAAUACUACAGUUCCUUUUUCUGCUAAUGCAAGUAACUUUGGUGGAAGUACUAGUUUGUCAAUGGAAGUCUUGAAUUUAUUUAGCCGGAUGCAACAAUCCUUAGUUAAGCCUAGUGAAGUUACUCUUGUCGCAUUAAUUAGUGCUUGUGCUGAACUUGGUGCACUCAAUCAAGGAAUAUGGGCUCAUGCUUAUGUAAUUAGAAAUCAUCUUAACCUUAAUCGUUUCAUUGGAACAGCGUUAAUUACCUUGUAUGCAAACUGUGGGUAUCUUAAUUUUGCUAGUCUACUGUUUGACCAGUUGCUUCAGAAGGACAUAUUUUGUUACAAUGCUAUGAUUAGAGGGCUUGCAAUACAUGGUCAUGGGCACGAGGCACUUGACCUAUUCAAGAAAAUGAGAAAAGAGGGUUUGGGCCCGGAUGAUGUAACAAUAUUAAUCAUAAUUUAUGCUUGCUCACAUGUGGGAUUGGUGGAUGAAGGGUGCAAACUCUUUGAGGCAAUUAAGAGUGACUAUGGACUUGAACCUAAACUUGAGCACUAUUGUUGCCUGGUGGAUCUUUUGGGUCGUGCAGGGCAGCUUAAGGAAGCUGAAAAGUUGGUUGGGACCAUGCCUCUGAAACCUAAUGCAAUUUUUUGGAGGUCUUUACUUGGGGCAGCAAGAGUUCAUGGGAAUUUAGAGAUAGGUGAACUUGCACUACAACACUUGGUACAAUUAGAGCCAGAAACUAGUGGGAAUUAUGUGCUUUUGUCAAAUAUGUAUGCUCACAUGAAUAGAUGGGAUGAUGUGAAGAGGUUAAGAAAAUUGAUGAAAGAUCAUUGCAUCGAUAAAAUGCCCGGUAGUAGCAUGGUUGAGAUUGAUGGUGCAAUGCACGAGUUCCUUACUGGUGACAAAACACAUCCACGUGCAAAAGAAAUAUAUUUGAAGGUGGAAGAGAUGAACAGAAGGUUACAAGAAUGCGGUCAUCAGCCAAGAACCAGAGAA